AUGGAGGUUGGCAAGUCUGAAUUCCAUAAAGCAGGCUUCAAACUGGAGACUCUGAAAAGAGUGAUUCUGAAAUCUGGCAUAUCUGAACUCUGUAGGGUAGGCUGCAAGCUGAAAACUCCAAAGAAGAUCGGUGGUGAAGAGAGGUACAACAUUCCAGUUUCCCAAUCUGGAAAUGUCAGUAAGAACCAGCAGCAGCUUAAUACACAGAAGACCAAGGACCAGAAUUCCCAGAUGAAGAUUGUUCAUAAGAAAAAAGAAAGAGGACAUGGUUACAACUCAUCAGCAGCUGCAUGGCAGGCCACGCACAACGAGGGGAAGAACAAAGUACAUUUUUCAAAUAAUCAAAAUUGGAACUCUAGCUUAUCAAGUUCCAGCUUACUUUUUAAGUCUCAAACUAGUCAGAACUACGCUGGAGCCAAAUUUAGUGAGCCGCCAUCACCAAGUAUUCUUCCUAAACCACUAAGCCAUUGGAUUCCUGUUUCCUUUAAUUCUUCUGACAAGGAAAUAAUGACAUUUCAACCUAAAAUAUUACUUAAGGUACAGGUAUAA